AGAUUUAUAUGAUCUGCUGAAGCGCAUCGACGCUGAACGAGGACUGGUUGAUCUCAAAUAGUCGUACUUCAUAUGUCAUCUGAGCCCCGACCCACUCAGGAUGAAUCUACAGCCGGACCCUCAACUUCAAAAACUGAGAGUCAGGAACCCAUCAAGGGCAUUCUAAAACGACCGUCAAUCAAGGCCGAAAAUAAAGAUCAGGUUGUUCCUACAAUCACUCACCGACCAUCACCAGAUCGAUUUCCUGACAAACCUGGAACACGUAUUCCAAAGUUGUCUGUCACAUGGUGGGAAAAAAAUGCAGUAGCAGUAUUCGGUGACACUAGUGAUGAAAACAACACGGACUCAGAACAGCUUUUAAAGGAUCUCGGGAACGGUUCUAGUAAUGUACAAACAGAUGAAAGACAAACAGCAAUUCUGGAUUCAGAAGAGGACUCUGAGGAGAUUCUAUUGGAGUCACAAGAUUUGAACGAUGAUGAGCCUCAUGAGGAAACAAUGGAAACGAUGAGUGUCGCAAGUUCGACAGGAUCUGCAUCUUCCAGCGUUGUUGGAAGAUGGUGGACAGGCAAGGAUACUAGAUUCGUCCCACAUUGUCAAAAACGGGGCUGUAACCAUAAUCAUGGUGAUUUAGGUGAAUAUCUGACUCCCACGCAAAGGCGGAACAGGGAAGUGAACGAACUCAAAAACGAGCUGAAAGCAGCCUUGAAAGAGAGAGAUGAGAAGGAGCAACAUCUAGAAGAGCUUAGAGAGCGCAUAAAGGAGGUGGAGGUUCUAAAUGUGAAACAAGCAUCGCUAUCCGACAGUCAUCGUCUCAUGCUGCGAGAGCGGGAAGCGGCUGAAGCGCAUGAGCGCGAGAAAAAGCAGAUGGAACGGAAACACGCCGUGAGAGUGAAUCAGCUAGUUCAAGAAACUCUCACCGCUAGGGAUGAAAUAGUUCGGCUUAAUGCUCGAGUGAAAGAUCUUGAAGCUGUAAUCAAUGUCCCUAGAACUGAUUCGGCAACUAUGACUGAAGCUACCCAGUACGCGCAGCCCACUUCUCAAAGUCCAAUAGCCUCUGACCCAGUCGAUCCCAACCAAGGAACAGGACGUUCGCCCCUGCCGGGAACUUCACCGCUUAUGCCACUAUCCCCAGUACAUAGCCUUCCGGAUCAGAUGACUAUGUCAUCUCCAAUGCUGGCAUCUCCUAGCUGUGUCACAGUUGAGUCCAAGGUCACUGGCCAGCCAAUGUAUCUCAGUCAAGAGGCUCUAAACCACAUACAGGCUUGCCAAAACGAGGCCUUCAUUUGGCGAACAAAGGCAGCUCAGUUGGAGAUCGUGGUCAAGGAUCAGCUGGCGAAAGCAAAUCGUGUUGAAGAAGCUCUUCGCGCAGAACUGUUUGCAGCUCGCUCUGGUUUCGUAGAGCAAGCUCAAACGUCCGACGUGCCAAAAAAAUCCACUGCGACUGGUGAAGAUGUCAAAACCGGAACACCUACUAAAGUCUCUCCUGUGCCAUUCGAAUGCACAUUACCCUCAUGCGUUGAACGGAAGAAGGAUCUCAUUCAGGAAAAUAACAGGCUGCUUGAACAGAUUGAAGAAGUUAAUAUGCGGAUCCAUGAAUUGGAAGACGACGUCACUGCGCUACGUCAUGAUGUUGAUGGCUUGGAAGAUCACAGAGAUCGCUUAAAACAACAGCUGGAUUUAACUGUACAGGAACGAGACUCGAAAAUUGCUGAAGUCGCAGCAUGUAACAUCGUAAUAGGACGUCAUCAGGCAGAGAAGGAAACUAUGCAGAAGGCAAUAGCGUAUAUGGAGGAAAGAAUGCAGGUCUAUCAGAACACUCUCAUGGCUCACGAUCUUGUCGUUAGCGAUGAGAACAGCAGUGACUGGCGAAAGGGAUUUGUCGAUCCUAGAUACAAUGUUAUGCUGUCGAAACGGGUUCAAACUUCUUUAACAGCGGAAGCGUUGUCGAAACACGAGGAUGAGUUUGCCUCAACGAAAAGGAAACUCACGGAGUUGCGUUCGGAGUUUGCGUCAAACCGUUCGGAUCUCACGGAUCGUUUCGCGGAAAUUGAACGAAUUUUGCUGACUAAAACGCAGUUGGUGGACACUCUGUCCAAGCAGCUUGAAGACACACGUAGAGAACAACGCCAAGAGAUUGAUUCGCAUCAGCAGGAGCGAGAAUCUUUUAAACAAAAACUGGAGGAGAUAUCGGCGGUGGCUGAGAGAGUGCCUUUGUUAGAGUCGCGCAUUGAACAGCUUCUCAAGGAGAAAAGCGAAUUUGAGAUCCGUUUCGCUGCUCAACGUGAGGAACUGGAACAUGCUCUUGAAGAGUCACUUGCCGAGACGCUGUCUAAAUACAAGGAACAGUCCGAUUACUGGACAGGAAAGCAGGCAGCGCUUGAGCAGAGCCUCGAAAGGGCUAAGGCAGAGAUCUCACAACAUCUGAUGGAGAAAGAAGACAUGAAGAUGAAGGCCAAACUUGAACGUGCUGAUUUGGAACGUCGCCUGACGAGUAGCAUUGAUCAUGUGGCGCUGUUGAAUAGUCAGAUAAAUAAGAGCCGCCGUGAUGUUGAAUGUGAAGCGAGGCCUCGGCAUGUGAGCAAGUAUGUGGCAUGCAGGCCGAACUCCAGAAGUAAAUCCACUACAAUAGCGAAGGGCGAUCUUUUCGAUGAAAACGAAGAGCGUUACAAGCUUUGCCAGGGAGAGCUAGCGACAACUCGACGGCAGGUUCAUGUACUGCAGCAGAAGCUGAUCAGCACCAUGCAGGAAAAAGCCGAUAAGCGCGUUCAAGUUCGUCGCCGUAUCGCAUGUGUUGUUGAUCGCGAUCCUGAGCCCCAAAGAGCCCAUCAGGAAAAGCUGGAAGCACUAGAGACGAAAAACGCCGAGCUCCGAGAACAGGUGACCAGCGAAUUGCAUUUGACGACGGCCGAGGAGGAGAAGGCCAACCUAGUGCGCGGUGAACGUGAACGCAUACGACAUCUUGUGAACGAAUUUGAAAAUGUUCGACGUGAACUCAACCAGGAAAUGAAUCGAUACGAAUCAGAGAAAACAUGGUUGAAAUCACGCAUACGCAACCUUGAAACGGACAAUGAAGAACUUCAGCGAACGAUUGAUGCGCAAGCCGAGGGUGCCAGCACAUUCGGUACCGUUCCGAUGAGGAAAACCCUUUCGGAACCAGAAAUCAACACAGAUGAUGAGGCAUUACGUCUGAGAAGUGAGAAUGUUCGAUUAAAAAGGGAGCUUGAUAGAGUUCGCGAAUCAUUGUGCAAGACAGCCUCUGUAGUUGGACGAGAUCGCAGCCAACUAUCGCCAGCUUUCGCCACUUUGGCGGAUGAUCUCAACCUGGUGAAAUCGGACUUGGAACAGAUCUUAAGUACCAUGGAUAGCGGUGCGCCAGGUGGUAGCGAAAAAAACAUAGAUGGCUCGACUUCACCUGUUAGUGCUAGAAGUGCUGCUGAAGAUGAAGAAGUGCUGCAUUCGGAUAUCCUCACUACGGUUAUGAUGAGCUGGGAGACGGAUGAGAGGGAGAACCUAGCUAAAGAUUUGUUGCGUUCGCGACAGGAAAGAGAUGUGUUGAAGGCUCGCCUUGAACGGAUGACCCGGCAGUUGAAGGAGGCCCAAGCUGAACUCGAAGUGUAUCGUCAUGAGGGUGUACUCGCCCAAACAAGCAAUGGCAAAGAAACUUCUCAGCGUGUGGUUCGCAGUCGAAGCGCUAGCAAUCUUGCUGAGAACGCAACUGAUAGGCAGGAAGUUCACUUGUGGAAAGAAAAAUGUGGUACUAUGUUCCGUGAGUUGAAUGCGAUGAGGAGUGGUUACCAACGUGCUCAAGCUGAUCGCCGAGAGUUGAAAAUCCAAGUGGCAAUGCUUCGUGGCGAACUGGAAAUGGCACGAUGUGAAGGCGAAAGGGAUGCCGAUACAUCUAUAGGAUCGUCUGUGUACUUCUCCCCCAUUUCUGUAAGAAGCCGAAGUUGUCAUACUUCUAGUGAUUUGCGACGGCGAAGGAGUAAUGUGGUCGCCGUGCACGAAAGUCCGCAUCCAUUUGAUCGCACAUCCACUCAUGAAAGCGUAGCUUGCCGUGUGCCGGCUACUCCACCCGUGAAACGAGGGGCGAGCGAACCCGAACGUCGUUCACGAAGUGAGCAGCGGAAGCGAUCCAGUCCAUUGAGGCCAACUCCCGAUGCAAAGAGCCGUCGUCGAUCUGUUAAGAAGAACAUUCCAUCGUCACUGUCCUCCUCAUUCACAUCAGAUAUAGGUGGAGAUUGGUUUGGAAGCACAGCUCAACAAAAAGACAUGCCACAAAUGUCGCAGUCUUGGCAUGAAGGUAGUGCUAACAAAACGCAGUUUGAAUCACAGCCAACGGAGCGCUCGCAAACAAGUCGCCGCGAGUCGCGCACAAUAUCUUUGCGCGAACGCGUUGGUCAGCUUGGGCGUGAAAAUCGUUUUCUCAAGGACCAACUCGCCAUUGCGAAUGCGGCUCUUGCAAGUGCUAGGAGGGUAAGACCUGACAAUGAUCGCUUAACUAAGCUAGAGCAAGAAAAGGACGCUCUCAGGGAGAAAGUCGAACUGCUUCUCGCUAAAAUUGACCAGGAUUCUACAUCUGCGUGCGCUGCCGUGGAAGAGGCAAAUGCCCAGCUGGAACUAAGUAGGAAUGAGAACAUGAUGUAUGAGCAAAAGAUACGAGACAUGGAGGAAGAGAGAAGGGAAAUGUACCUGGUCAUGUUCAAGAAAGGCCAAGAAGCAGCUGCAAUGGAUCUCAAGGAAGUUGCCCACGUUGAUCAGAUGACGCAGGAUCGUGUCGUGUUGCGAUUUUUGCAUGAUGCUUUUUAUUACUACCUAAUGAAUAAGGGCGAUGCUAAAGAGCACCUGCAGGCAAUAAUGACGAUGCUCGACUUCAGUGUGGAGCAGAAGGAUGAAGUAGCUAAGAAGAAGGGUCGAUCUUUCUGAAUAUAUUCAAAAUAUAAUCUUUCACGGGUCUCUCUUACAUAGUGUCUCGAAAAUAUGCAGCUCGUCGAAUAACCUCACAUCAGUGCCUAAUGCAAAACAGAAGUAAUUUUCUUUUGUAGUAAAACUCCAUCUCACCUCAACCUUCCCGAUGACAUUCACUUACUGUAAUUCACGUUAUCUAGAGGUUCUUGCAAAAAGUUGUGAAUAUAGAGAACUUAUUUAUUGUUAUCAUCACCCAUUUAUUGCCUAUAUCCAGCAGUUUGAUAACGGGCUUUGUUGAAAACUUAAGGUUUCUAGUGAUGCACAUAAUAGUCUAAUGAAAAAUUCUAGUCUUCUGUUGUUUUCUUCUUCUGUUUCUGUUGUUUUUUGC